AUGCUAUUUUCAAUCUACUUAUUGAUUCUUGAACAGUAUAUGCGCGUCAUGAUGACCAUGACCUGGACCAUAGUUCCAGGGAAGAUCACCACGACAGUCGGACAUGGAAUAAGUAUACACUGGUCUAGAUUUUCACUAUAUAAAGGUCGCAUAGUUUCGCUCACAAGAUUUCUCUUCUCUUUUCGAUCUGUCUACCUAUUUACCUACCUACUUGCCAUCUUCGACAUCAAAUCAUUGAAUCAAUUAGAUACAAAGAUAAUGAUGUCUUUUCAAUUCCUCAAGUCACCACUCAGCCACAAGAGACACAACUCGGCAUUAAUUUACGGAAACCAAUCAUUCAAUAAAUCGGACGACACCCAAGUAGUAGUCACCGAUGUCCACGAGGGAGACCUUCCCACCAAGGACCCAGACUGUACCAAAAGAAUAAGGUGGAUGACAACCCCCAAGAAAGACUACACCAAUGCCGAGUGUCGUGUGUGGAUUGCAGCACAGCUUCGCGCCUGUUACGUCUUUCUUCCGCGAUCCUCGGCCAUAUCCAUUGCAAAUAAUUUUGUCGGUUCAGGAUACAAAAUGUUCGCGAUGGAAAAAGAAGAUUGGGUAGAAAUGCUCGGGGUUCAUGGCUAUGCCAUAAGAUUCUUGAUUCGAAGAAUUUUGUGGAACAAAAAUACAGCCAUGAAAGCGGGCUUUUCGGUGGCGGCUAUGUAUGAAAUGAGGGGCGAAUUUAAGACAGAAAUAGAGUCUGAGGAAGAUUUAAAUUGGAGUGGGCUAUAUUCUAUCAAGAAUAGUCAGAUUUGAAGUUAUUUUUUGUGAAGCAUUUUGAAUAUGGAGUUUUUUGGAUUUGGAAUACCCUGAUACAGCGUCAUUUUGAUUUGAGGGUU